AGCUGGGGCCUUACAAAUACCCGCAGGACAGGGCAGUUGGUCAUCGAGAAGACUGAAAGAUUGCAAACAUCGAACAAGAGUAUCUCUCAGAUUUCACGAAGUGAAGCAAGUGUACUACGGAUUAGUUUGAAUUGCGGACAAUAGAAAAAAUACAGAGAGCAACUAUACAUAUAUCAUAUUAAAUAUAUUCUUCAAGUGCAGCAGAUCUAUUUAAUCUACAAAAUGCAAGCCAUUGGUCAGUGUUCAGUGUGUGCUGGCCGUGCUGCUGGAGGACUUCUGCGAAAUCAGACAGAAUUUUCACUGCUGUGGACGAACAAGAGUGUUUUCAAAAGAGGAGCAGUCUGUACCCGUUUCCUAAGUCCUGAGAAUGUCCUGUUCAGCAGCAGGAAGCGUGGAGUCCAGAAUUUUAGGGAGCUGACAGAUACUGCACACAUGAGCAAAGCAUCUUUAAGUGCUGGCCGUGGACUGUAUGCUAUCCCUUUUACACAGAUGGAAAACCUGUCUCAUGACGCCCUGAUCAGAAGAGCAGCCUCAGUGGUUACAGACAGUACAACUACUUUUCUCUCCCAGACCUCCCUGGCUCUCAUAAAUGCCCUUACAGAUUACUCAAAGGCUGUGCACACACGUAUUGCUGUCCAAAGACGGUAUUUAGCCUCACUGGGAAAACUGACCCCAGCUGAAGAGGAUUCAUUGCUGGAGGUGCUCAAUGGCCAGCGUGCAGAGGCUAGUGACAGGCUACAUGAAUGCAAACGCUUUGAGUCGACCUGGAUCAAUGCUGUCAACUUGUGUAAAAUGGCGGCCGAGGCAGCACACACUUCAGGAGCGGAGCAGGCAUCCUUCGCAGUGAGGACCAACAUUCAGGUGGCCCAGUCACAGGUGGAAGACGCUCGGAAACUGUCAGCAGAUGCUGACAAGAAGUUGGCUGAGACUAAAGUAGAAGAGAUCCAAAGGAUGGCAGAAUAUGCUGCCUUUCUAGAAGGCAGUGAUGAGCCUGAGGCACAUGAGGCUUAUCUACGAGAGGAUUGAGACAAAUAGAGAUAUUGCGAAAACACAAAAAAUGCAUGCCUUCACCUCCACCAACUUUGAGCUUUCCGUUUUUGAUUUCCAUAUGAUGUUGUUUACAUGUUUGCAUUUACGCAAAGAAAAUCUAAAUUUUAAAACAGAAUGAAAUAGCUGGCAAAUAAUUUGUAAUUAAUUAAUAAAUGUUGCAUAAAUCAUUAUUUAAGACUAUUUAUUUGAUUAGUGUGCUGUGUUUGGAGUUUUAAGAAAAUGAUUAUGAAAUCUCCAGUACACUGUGUAUUGUUUGGGGCUCAUCAUGAAUUGGAUCUCAACAUUGUGUAUGUUUAUUGUAACAAAGACUUUUUUCAUAAUGCUACUGCAUAAUUGUUUUGCACUGAUGACAUAUAAGCAAAAAUAAAAUGAAUUUAUC